CAGACUGUCAUUCAUGUAUGACUUUAUUGGGCCAUGGCUUUCCGUACAAUAAUUGAAGCUGAGUUUCCUUUGCUUUACGCGUCCAACAUAUAGCAGCAGCGUUUCUUUCGUGGUAUGAAGCCGAGAGAGGAAGUAUCAAUACCUCAUUAUAAACGAAUGAAUUAAGAAUAGGCAUUCAUCUUCUUCAUCCAACAAAUCUUGAAGAUAACUUCAAUGGCAAACAGCUAAGGUGUGAUGGACUUCGAAAGCUAAGGAAACGUUAAGUAUCAGAGAGAAGAAAAAGAAAUGGCAGAGAGUGCUGUGAACUUCUUAAUACAAUACUUGGGGCCUUUGCUGGUGAAUGAAGUGCAGUCGUUGAAGGGGGUCCGCGGAGAAGUCCGUGACCUCAUAAAUGAUUUUGAAAGCAUCAGAUCCGUCUUAAGGGAUGCCGAUGUAAGACAAGAUACCGAUGAAAGCCUCAAGACAUGGGUGAAACAAAUAAGAGAAAUGGCUUAUGACGUCGAGGAUGUUCUCGACGAGUUCAUGCUCGGCCAAGCACGAAAGCAGCAGGGUGCUAGGAGAUGCAUCAAUUUUCUUCAUAGACUCAUCAAGCAGCCUAUGGUGGGCCAUAAGACUGCAUCAUCGAUACGAGAUAUCAAAACCCGAGUCCAUAGGAUUAAAGAAAGAAAAGAUGCUUACUCUCUGAAUAGUAUGGAGCAAACUUCAAGCUCCAAAAAAAUGAGUGAUCAAUGGUAUGAUCCUCGACUGAAAGCUCUUUUCAUUGAGGAAGCUGAUCUUGUGGGCAUCGAUGUGCCAAGGCGUCAAUUGAUUGAAUGGUUGGUCGAUAAAGAUUCAAGACUUUCGACGAUUUCAGUGGUCGGGAUGGGUGGCCUUGGCAAGACCACUCUGGUAAAGAAAGUCUAUGAUAACCAACAGGUGAAGAAAUGUUUUGAAACAUAUGCUUGGAUCACUGUCUCACAAUCGUUCAAAGCGGAGGAACUUCUUCGAAGCAUGGUAAAGCAAUUCUUUGAGGAGAAGAAAGAUCCAUCUCCCCAAGGUUUAGAAGUGAUGACGCAGGUCGAGCUCAUACAAGUGCUACGGAGCUACUUGCAGAACAAAAGGUAUGUUCUUGUUCUUGAUGAUGUAUGGGAGGCAGCCGUAUGGAAUUUCAUAGGCAAUGCAUUGCCGAAUAACGAAUAUGGUAGCAGGGUAAUCAUUACUACGCGCAACGGUGACGUCGCAUCAUCUUCUUGCAUUGGACCCUCCGAUCUCAUCUACAAUCUCCAACCUCUGCAUGCAACAGAGGCUUGGUCCCUCUUUUGCAAGAAGGCAUUCCACUCGCACAAUGAGAAUAGAUGCCCUCCUGGAUUGGAGAAGCUUUCAGAAAGCUUUGUAGGUAAAUGCAGAGGAUUACCGCUUGCAAUUGUCACAUUAGGUAGUCUUCUAUCCAGCAAGACGAAUGUCGAGUGGGAGAUGAUUCACCGUAGCCUUGGAUCGGAGUUUGAAAGUGAUGACAGUCUUAGAAGAAUGAUGAAAAUAUUAUUGCUCAGUUUCAAUGACUUGCCUUACUACCUGAAAUCAUGCUUCUUGUAUUUGAGUAUUUUCCCCGAAGACUAUCCGAUUAAGCGUAUGAAACUAAUUCGCCUAUGGAUAGCCGAGGGGUUUGUAGAAAGAAAAGUAGGCAGGUCAAAGGAAGAGGUUGCUGAAGGUUACCUCAAUGAGCUCAUCGCUAGAAAUCUGGUUCACGUGGCAGAAUGGGAAUUAUAUGAGAAGGUGAGCACUUGUUGCAUCCAUGAUCUUGUGCGGGAGAUGAUUAUUCCAAAAUUCGGGGAGGAGCAUUUCUUUUCAUCUUCUGUUGAAGAGAACACAAUACCUUGUAACAGAAUCCGGCGUCUGUCCAUUUAUAAAGAGGAGAAUUUUCCAAAAUUUGAUGCCUUCUCCUGCCUUCGCUCGUUGUUCAUUUUUGGUGCGGAAGGACUAUCUAAUGCCCCUACAAUCACUUCAUUUUCCAGCUUAAGGUUGUUGAGGGUGGUGGAUCUUGAAAACACGUCCAUGGAAAUCUUUCCUGAUGAUCUAACAAGCUUGUUGCAUUUGAGAUACUUAAGCUUGGAGAAUACAAAGAUCAAGAAGCUUCCUAGUUCGUUGGGGAAGCUAAAGAACUUAGAAACAUUGAAUCUUAAGGGCACUUUCGUACGUGAAUUGCCCGUUGAGAUUCUCAAGCUCAAGUGCCUAUGCCACCUUCUGGUUUACCGCUAUAGUAUUGAAUACGGGUAUUAUAUAGCAUUUAAUUGUGCAGAUGGAAGUAAGGUGCCUGCUGGAAUCGGGAACAUGAGAUCCCUACAGAAGUUGACACAUAUAGAGGCAGAGAGCGGCAUCAUUAGAGAGCUGAGGAAUCUCACCCAACUGAGGAGGUUAGGCAUUAUCAAGCUAAAAAGGGAAGACGGGAAUGAUUUAUGCACUUCCAUUGAGAAGAUGAUUCACCUUCACUCCUUUAAUGUAAGAUCAAUGGAUGAGGAGGAGGUUCUCGACCUGCAUUCUUUAUCGCAUCCUCCGCUACCUCUUCAACGUCUAUAUUUGAGAGGGCGUUUGGAGAAGUUGCCUGGAUGGAUUGCCUUGCUUCAUAAUCUGGUACGAGUUGCUCUGAGAUGGUCCAGAUUGAGGGAUGAUCCACUCAAUGCCCUUCAAUCACUGCCCAAUUUGGUGGAACUGGAACUACAUCGAGCUUAUGAUGGAGAAGAGUUAUGUUGCGACGGUAGAGGAUAUCCAAGACUUAAGAAAUUAUGGCUCAUUGACUUGAGAGGGUUGAAUACUGUGAGGGUGGAGAAGGGAGCAAUGUCUAGCCUUGAAAAGCUAGAUAUUACACGUUGCGAAGGAUUAGUGGAGGCGCCGUUGUGGCUCCAACACAUCACUAACCUCAAAGAACUUGACCUGUAUGAUAUGUCGGAGGCUUUCUUGAAGGGGCUCAGAAAGGAUGGAGUUGAAGAGUUAGUAGAUUCCAUUCGCCACAUCCCACUCAUACAAUAUACAGACACUCAGACAAAUACUCAUUGGGAUUUGUCAUGAUCCUGAAGAGCAGUUGUCAGGGAGGCCGGUUCCUCUAAAAUUAUAUGGAGUAAGCUUUGUAUGUUCCUUAUAUCUAAGCUAUUCAUCCUUUUUGACCAUUCAUUUUAGGGCAUGGCCCUCCAGGUGAUUAGAUGCGCAUGAUCCUGGGGCAUCCCAUCACCAUGGGUUUCUUUUACUUGAUGCACAGGUCAGAUGGUAUGCACAUUUAACAUGGAAGCGGAUUAGGUGGUGUUGGGCGCUGUGGGGUCCACCUGAUGUAUGUGUUCUAUCCAUUGCGUUCAUCCGUUUUGCGAACUCAUUUUAAGGCAUGAGCCCAAAAAUUAAGUAGAUCAAGAGUUUUAGUGGACCACACACAGUAAACAGUGGUGAUUGAAUGCCCACCAUUAAAAUACUUCUUGCAAGCCACAAAAACGUUUUGGAUCAAUCUGAUAUUUGUCUUUU